CCCCGUUAGUUAUACCAUACCUAACCAUCAGCACUGCACUGCCUGCCCCACCUAGGUCCCGGUAUCCUACGCCCACGCAACUCGCGCUUUCCGUCAUACCGAGAGGGGCAGUUCUAUUAUUGCCUUCCUGUCUUCUUGCCCUUGAGCUUCGCGACUCGGUCCUGGUUCCAUUUCGGCACUGCCAGAUCCUACCCAGCCCUUCACUCGACACAGCGGCGUGUCAGAAAUUUAUUUUCGAGAGGCUGAGAGGAAGGAACGACCGCCUUCUCUUUCUCUCUCAACCUCGUGAAAUAUGAAGUUCGGCAAACAGAUACAGCGGAGACAGUUAGAUCUUCCAGAAUAUGCGGCCAGUUUCGUGAACUACAAGGCUCUGAAAAAGCUCAUCAAGCAUCUGAGUGCUACACCCACCAUCCCAGCGCAGACAAUCCCGGAUGUUGUUCAGGAUGCGCUCGAUCCGCAAGCUGCCCUGCGGGCAAACAAGGAAGUAUUCUUCUUCCGAUUGGAACGCGAGAUCGAAAAAGUAAACGCUUUUUACUUGCAGAAGGAGGCAGAAUUUUCAUUACGACUACGGACCUUGAUCGAGAAGAAAAAGAUGGUUCAGUCCCGUGCAGUCACCAGCACAAAGGCGCCAGCAAAUUUUGUAGCACUGUUUGAAGGCCUACAGCAAUUCGAUGGUGACUUGAAUAAGCUGCAACAAUUUGUGGAGAUCAAUGAGACAGCAGUGUCCAAAAUAUUGAAAAAGUCUCGUAUGAAGGAGCUCUAUCUUCAUCGGGCGGUUGAGGUGCAGCCUUGUUUCAACAGAGAGGUCUUGCGGGAUUUAUCAGACCGGGCAACAACCGCUCGCUUGGAACUUGAGGCCUGGGCCGAAGGCGAAAACAUACAAUUCGAUACUGCUCGCCCAUUAGACCGCGCUGGGGCUGCACCACCUUUUGGUACGGAUGAAGACGAUAUGGAUAUGCAGGUCCUACAAUCAGCAAUCGUCGGGAACUUGCAACCCUUACGAGAAUGGCUCGCCAAGCUACAAUCUUCCUCGGACGCCCGCGAACGUGCGACGCGCACAUUUCUCGUCGCAAUCAGUGAAUCACCUGACGAUGCCCUGGCCUUAUUAUUGGAAAGCGGCCUAGUCGACAUUCGCGCGGAGGAUGAUAUCAACGAACGCAACUGUCUACAUGAAGCGGCCAUAUCCGGUCGAGAUUUCGUGUUCAAGGCUGGCCUAGCUGCUGGAAUCGACAUCUCAAGGUCAGACGUCUACGGUCGCAUCCCCCUCCAUUAUGCCUGCAUGCAUGGCCGGGUGGAGAUGGUGGGUGAGCUGCUAAAUGCAGGACCACACACAAUCGAUAUCACUGACCAUGACAACUUCACUCCAUUAAUUCAUAGUAUUGUGAAGGAUCAGCUUUUAUGUGCUGAGCAGCUGCUCCAGAAGAAUGCACGGAUCAACCCGGCCUCAGAAUCAGAUCAUAUUCCACUUAAUCUGGCCUGUCAACAUGGGUCCCUUCCAAUUGUGAAGAUGCUUUUGGAAAAGAAAGCCCAGCUACUACCAGACGCCGAGGGCCUAUAUCCUCAGCAUAUGGUUGCACGGUCAUCACAGUCUCCUCAGCUUCUGCUGCUUCUGAAAGAGCAUGGGGCUGACCUGAACCAAAAGGAUAAAUUAUAUCAAUGGACACCUCUUUUCCAUGCGGCGAGUGAAGGCUGCGUUGACUGUGUGCGCACCCUUCUACAUUCUGAUGUGGAUGUAGAUGCUAUGGAUGAGAAGGGUCUGUCCGCAAUGUACUAUGCUGCCUGGGAAGGACAUCUUGAAUGCAUGCUCCUGCUGUGGUCUGAUCGGACCAGAACAGGCAUGUCCCAUAGGCCACUGGACAUUCUCAACGGUUUAAGGCUACAAGAGAACAUGUCGGUCUCGGACCGCCCGGGCACUGAAACGGUCGUCUCGGCAGAAAUGGAGACGGUUGACGGUAUCCCGGAUCUUUCAUUACCACCACCCAUCAUUCCCCUGAGGCGAUACGGCCACAAUUUCUUGGACAAGAAGGUUUUUAUUCAAAUCUUCUUCGACCCAAGCGAUUCGGGAUCAAUCGUCUUUGAUCAAGCGGGCCGCUAUCCUGCUGCUCGCUUAACUAUCUCAUCAAAACUCUCCGACCUGAUUCCUCGUAACAUCAUGCUCCCCAUUCAAGACGAUUCGACGAUCAUCUCGUUUCAGAUCGACAAUCUGGACACUUUUGCAGUCGACUUUGAAAUUUUCCCUACGUUCGGCUCAAAGGUGAUCGCUAAGAGUGUCGCUCUUCCCUCGGUAUUCCAAGCGGAGCAUUCUAGCACCGGGUCGUGCUGUCUACCCUUGUUCGACCCUAGACUGCGAUCUAUCGGUCAGUUGCGGUUUGGGUUCCAGGUGAUCAAGCCGUACCACGGUGAUCCACUCGAAAUCACGCAUUUCGCGACGUACUGGAAAGCCACCAGCACUCUCGAUUCGGAACACAACGGACUGGUCACCGGGUCUAGCCUUUCAGGCGACCAUGUGCAGUUGUUUGUCCAGCUUACAAAGGACAAGGUCCCUGUGCUAUUUCCACGGUUUAUGAUCAACCACCACGGGAUCAAGAUACCGAUUUGCUGCCUCACUUAUGACCAAUUCCACUUGAUUGGAUCUCAGGCCGGAGUGAAUCAGUCGGAGGUCCUGCACUUCCUACAGGACCAAGCCGCUGAAGAUAUGGCCAGUACGCACCGGACCCUAGCCGAAUCAUUCUUGUCAUUGCGGGACGUGCUUCAGCAUCUCAAAAUUUCUAUUAAUGUCAAUAUCUCUGUUCUUUACCCCUCCAGUAUUGGAGAACAAUCGUUCGAUAUGUCCUGUUUGGCGGAUGUGAACAGCUUUGCUGAUGCCAUCCUCACUGAUGUCUUUAAUCAUGCACGAAUUACACGAGACCAGAAUCCGGAUUUUAUGCGUUCAGUUGUGUUCACGUCAUACAAUUCAGACAUUUGCACAGCCUUGAACUGGAAACAACCAAAUUAUCCGGUUCUUCUGUGCAAUGACCUUGGUCAGAUCCGAGAUCUCACGCAUGAUCCUGGCUUCGUCCAGCGUAUUAAUAGCAGUGGUCGGACAUCGAUGUCCAUUAAGGAAACAGCCCGAAUUGCGCAAAGUAAUAACUUUAUGGGUUUGAUAUGUCGCUCAAGUCUUCUGAAUGUCGUACCUGCUCUUGUAGAGACAAUAAAAGAGCUCGGUCUUGUGCUUAUCGCUGAUACCUCUGACGAGGCUGGACAGCCCGACAGAAACGACGCUCUAGCCACUGCAAGCACCAUGGGUGUGUCUACCGAAUGGGCGUACAGAAUGCCUGAAGGUGUAAAUGGCGUGAUGAAAGCAAACGGCAUCCUGCGUUUCAACGACAUGAUUGAUAUGUGA